AUGGAGAUUGCGGAAUAUGUCUUCCACUUCAACGAUAAGUCGGCUCUGGAUAACCAAUCCAUUGAAACAUCCAUCAAGGUUUACAAUCACUUUUGGCAGUCGUUUGAGAAGAAUCCGUUGGUCAAAGAGUUCUUGUCAAAAGACUUGUUUGACAUCCUCGAAUCUUAUCUUCUAGUCUCUUUUUAUCCGGCUUAUGGCGCUGCAGUCCUGUACCAAAAUAAUAACUCCCUCCAAGUAUUCGUUCGGACGAUCGGAUUGGAUGGAUGGAAGAAAAGAAUCCCCUCUUCUUCACAUGGUCGCGAACAGCAUGCUGUUCCAAACCUUGAAGAAUCUGCAAUCAUGGAUCAGGGACCAAUAUCGAGAUGUGCGGUCGUUGCGAUUGGAAAUACGUUAGCGAAAUCUCUACGCGAGUCUGAAACCAACAACAGAGGUGAUAGGCGAAGGAAAUCGAAUGACCACGAAGGAAAUCAGAAAACGCCUUCGUUUCUCAACGAGAAGCUUGGCCAAUCCAUAAAAAAGGUCAUUUCAGGAUCAGAAGUCACAAUCGGUGAGCAGUCUGCAUACGGAGGAACUACAGAUGUAGGGAUGCAUACUGGCGCAAAGAAAAAAAACACUGCAGCGCCACUAGCAUUUGCUACCGCCUCGACCAUGCUACGCUUGGCUGGCCGCCCACAGCAUGAGUUCAAGGCCCUUAUGGCUGCAUACCUCAUCAGCUUCCUUGACGUGCUGCCCAAACUUGCAACCUACGACGCCCGUGCGAUGGACCGCUAUGUAAUUGUGAUGCGGGAAGCCAAGCCUUUUAUCGAGGGGUUGCGAAACAAAGCUUUUCAGCAAAAAAUCCUGCAUAAAAUGAGAACGCACCACGAACAACUCUACUCUGUUUCAUACGGACCGCCACAGCAGUUGAAUCUCUGUGGCGUUUCUGAGACUGUUGAGGAUUUGUUCCCUCCGGAAUUUCCGAUGGAGCCUUGGACGCCACAGAUACAAGAAAACGAGACAAAGGUUGAUCGAUUCAGAGGAGAGGCUGAAAAGAAUUUAUUGUGGGUGGAUAUGGAAUCUACGGCCUUCUCUGGACAUCGUUCGGAAGCCUGGGUGCAAUUACAUUCUCUGAAUCUAAAAUUCUGGAAUGCCGCUUCAAGUUUGAAAUAUGAUUACACAACAGAGAACGUUGCGCUUUUGAAAAAGGAUCUUGACCGACUAUCAAUCAUCGUGGAGGUUGCAAUGGCUGCUACUGACGAAGGAAGGUACACUAUGUCGGUAGUUAUUCGAAGCUACGAGCUAUUAGCUGCCAUCAUUUGCUUCUGCUGCGCUCACGUUGAAAUGGAAGGGAAUCAUGAGUGGUUUAAGAAGUAUACCCCGGCUUUUAACCCAAAGAAUCUUCAUCACUUAGUUUUGGAUGACAAUAGAGCUGUCGAUGGCUGUUCAAGUACGACAAUUUCUCGAUAA